GGAAGGGAGGUCGGCUAGUUUCCGUCCGGCGGUCGGUUUCCGGCGCUCCCGGCCUGCGCUUGCCCUCACUUGCUUUCUCCGUCCUUCUCCUGGAGCCCUUCCGCUUCCUUCCCCGUCCUGCGCCUUGCUUCCCCCUCCCAAUUCUGCGCGCUGAACUCUAUGGUGCCUUGGAGGUGCGCUUCGGCAGGGGGCGCGCUGGGAGCGGGGCGGCGCUCUGCGCCUCCCAACUUCCGGUGCUUUAUGACAAAGCGACAAACCCCCUGAACAAGGACCUGGACUGGGAUGGUAUCAAUGCUUUCUGUGAGCAGCUCAAUAAGGAGCUAGAGGGUCCUCCGCUUGCUACCCGACUUCUUGCCCACAAGAUCCAGUCUCCGCAGGAAUGGGAAGCUAUCCAGGCCCUCACGGUGCUGGAGUCCUGCAUGAAGAGCUGCGGCAAACGCUUCCACGACGAGGUGGGCAAGUUCCGCUUCCUCAAUGAGCUCAUCAAAGUGGUGUCACCCAAGUAUCUUGGCAGCCGGACACCAGAAAAAGUGAAGUCAAAGAUCCUGGAGCUGAUGUACAGCUGGACAUUAGGGCUGCCUCACGAGGUGAAGAUCUCAGAAGCCUACCAGAUGCUGAAGAAACAAGGGAUUGUGAAGUGUGACCCAAAACUGCCUGACGAUGCUCCUUUUCCACCGCCUCCCCCUCGGCCGAAGAACAUCAUCUUUGAUGAUGAAGAGAAAUCCAAGAUACUGGCUCGUCUCCUGAAAAGUUCCCAUCCUGAGGACCUCCGGGCUGCCAACAAGCUCAUCAAGGAGAUGGUUCAGGAGGACCAGAAGCGCAUGGAGAAGAUCUCCAAGAGGGUGAAUGCCAUUGAGGAGGUGAACAACAAUGUGAGGCUGCUGACAGAGAUGGUGACAAGCUACAGCAAGGGGGAGACAACAGAAAGCAAUGAGGACCUAAUGAAGGAGCUGUAUCAGCGCUGCGAGCGCAUGAGGCCCAUGCUUUUCCGGCUUGCCAGUGACACAGAAGACAAUGAUGAAGCUCUGGCAGAGAUCCUGCAAGCCAAUGACAAUCUGACACAGGUGAUCAAUCUCUACAAGCAGCUUGUACGGGGAGAAGAGAUCAAUGGGGAGACGGUGGCUGGUCCCCUUCGAGGCAGCACCUCAGCACUUCUGGAUCUGUCGGGCCUGGAUCUUCCAGCAACAGGCCCUUCCUACCCAGCCUUGCCCACCCUUUCAGGUGGCUCAGCAGUCCCCGUGCCUGACCAAGCUGGCUCUGUCUCCUUGCUGGAUGAUGAACUUAUGUCUUUAGGCCUGAAUGACCCAGCACCGCAUCCUGCCCAGGCUGGUGACAGCAGUGGCUGGAACAGCUUCCAGUCAUCAGAUAGCACCGAGCUCAGUAUCACCCCUAUCACAGCAACGCCACCAGUCAAAGCAGAAGCUGGCGCAUCCUCCCCAAAACCUUCUCCUUUCACCAGUGGCCUGGACGACCUGGACCUCCUGGGCAAGACUCUGCUGCAACAGUCUUUGCCUCCAGAGUCUCAACAAGUGCGAUGGGAGAAGCAGCAGCCACCCCCGCGGCUCACCCUGAGGGAUCUCCAGAACAGGAGCAGCUCUGGCACCACAGCCCACAAUCCCAGCGCUCUGCCCGUGCUCCAGAGUGUUUCCCCUAACCCCACGCUGCCGCUGACCUCGGAGCUGUCUGCCCCUGCUACGCUUCCAAAAGCUGCCACCGCACCAGCAGGAAGUACUGCAGUCCCACCACGGCCUCCUGCCGCCGUGCUGCCCCAGGAGAUCUCGCUGGCCAACAUCACUGUGCCUCUGGAGUCAAUCAAACCCAGCAGCAUCCUCCCUGUGACGGUGUAUGAUCAGCACGGCUUCCGUGUCCUUUUCCACUUUGCUAAGGAUGCCCUGCCCGAAAGGCCCGAUGUGCUUGUGGUGGUGAUUUCUAUGCUUAGCACAGCCCCGCAGCCCAUCCGCAACAUUGUCUUUCAGUCUGCUGUCCCCAAGGUGAUGAAGGUGAAGCUACAGCCUCCCUCAGGCACAGAGCUGCCGGCAUUCAACCCCAUUGUCCACCCCAGUGCCAUCACGCAAGUCCUGCUGCUCGCUAACCCACAGAAGGAGAAAGUGAGGCUACGGUACAAACUGACCUUCACCAUGGGAGAGCAAACCUACAAUGAAAUGGGGGAUGUGGACCAGUUCCCCCCACCGGAGUCCUGGGGAAACCUCUAGGGCCACACAUUGCAGGCACUACACUGCAGAGUCCUCGGGAAGCCGGCCCUGCAGGGCUGGAGCAGCCUGAGGAGGUGGGGAGGGCGGGUGGGGGGCUGCCGCUCACGCUCUAUUCUCCAGGCGGCCGGGCGAGGGCCGGAGGGAGUGUGCCUCAAGGAGGAGAGCAGAGACGCCAGGAGAUGUUCAUCCCACAAGACUAGGAGUAGAGUGGAAAGCUUCGUGUGGGUGAACAGUUGCCUUCCCUGCUCUUCCGAAGGCGACACUCCCUCCCCCGUCUGUCCAGCUUCUCUUCUAACCCUGCUUUCCGCCUCUAGGUGCAGUGGGGAAUGAGGAUUGGGGAGAUUUAACAGCCUCAGCCUGGGGCAGGGCCUAGCGAAGGAAGAUCCUUUUCCAUGUCUGUCCCCUCCAUGCUUCCCAGCCCUUCAGCUGCUUCAUGCUCUGUGGUGCUCCCCCUUGUCCCCCUUGCCCCCUCCUUGGAGCUGGGCCCCAGUGGUUCCCUGCGUGGUGGGAUCACACAGGAGCUGGUGUGGAGCAGGCUGGACAGAUGUGUCUCCAGCACUGGAGAGCAGGCAGCUGCCCUUGCUUUGCGGGGGGGUGAGGGGGAGUGAUCUCCUAUCUCCCUCCUUCCAGCUGCUUAGAGAGCUGUUGGUGGGAGGUGGGCCCUGGAGUGGGACCCCCGGUGCUGG